AAACCGACCCUAUGAGGCACCCUCUUGAGGCCACUGCAAUGGCUAUUAAAGGAGCGGCUUCGGGCGAAGGUCGUGCCCCUCGUGCUUUUCACAUGCAGAGCUCAAAUGAAGGCCCAGCAGAUAUCAUUGCAAAGGUUGCUGGUGUUACUCAGGGUGGAAAGCGUGAGGACGAUGGCCCUUAUUUCACCAACAACGAGGGCAUUCCGUGGCCUGAUGCAGAGCACAGCAAGACCAUUGGCGGUAUCCCUGUUGCCAGCGAUGUAUUUCUUUUCCAAAAGCAGCAAACAUUCAACCGCUCCAAAAACCUUGAGCGCAUGGUACACCCUUGUGGAUCAGGCGCUUUUGGAUACUUUGAGACCACCAAGGACGUUACCGACCUCACCAAGGCAAACUUCCUGCAGACUGUGGGUGAGAAAACGCCCGUAUUCGUUCGAUUCAGUACCGUCACGCCUGGACGCGAGUAUCCUGACGAGGCUCGUAACCCCCGUGGUUUUGCGAUCAAGUUUUACACUGGCGAAGGCAACUACGAUAUUGUCGGCCUCAACUUCCCGGUCUUCUUCUGCCGCGAUCCUAUCCAGGGGCCGGACGUUAUCCGUUCGCAAUGGCGCAACCCAAAAAACUUCCUCUUCGACUACGAUGCCAUCUUUGAUUUGCUCGCUAACACCCCCGAGGGAAACCAUGCUGGUCUUAUGUUCUUCAGCGACCACGGUACGCCUCAAGGAUGGCGAUUCAAUCACGGCUAUGGAUGCCACACCUUCAAGUGGGUGAACAAGGACGGCCAGUUCGUGUACAUCAAAUAUCACUUUAUCGCCGAGCAUGGUCAGAAGCAAUUUACCCAGGAGCAAGCGACGCAAAUGUGCGGCGAGGACCCUGACUACUCUAAGCGCGACCUCUGGGAGACCAUUGAGAACGGUGAAGAGGUGGUCUGGAAGGCAUACGUACAGGUGUUGAGCCCUCAGGACGCUGAUCCCGACAAGCUUGGCUUCGAUCCCUUCGAUGUCACCAAGGUAUGGCCACGCAAGCAAUUCCCAAUGCAAGAGUUUGGUCGUUUGGUUCUCAACAAGAACCCCGAGAACUUUCAUCGCGACGUCGAGCAGGCGGCUUUCUCUCCCGGUAGCAUGGUUCCUGGUAUUGAAGACUCGCCUGACCCGCUUCUUCAGUUCCGGAUGUUUUUCUACCGUGAUGCGCAGUACCACCGUAUUGGCGUGAAUCUGCAUCAGAUUCCCGUCAACUGCCCGUUCAUGGCGAAGUCUUUUGCGUCGCUCAACUUCGAUGGCCAGAUGCGUGUCGAUGCAAACCAUGCUGGCAACAAGCAAUAUGCUCCGAACAGCUUUGCGCACAAGUUCCGACCAGACACAGCCGAGGCCCCAUAUCAGGUGAGCGACAACAUCAUGAGCCGGAAGAGCCAUUACUGGCACGAAGGCAAAAGAAAUGAAUACGACCAAGCCAAGGAGCUCUGGUCUCGCGUCAUGAGUGAGCAAGAGAGAAGGAACACGAUCAAGAACACUGCCAACAUGCUCAAAUUCGUGAGGUAUCCUGAGAUCCAAAAGAAGUAUCUCGCACAGGUCUACAACAUUGGUACUGAUCUCUCAAGGGGCAUUUACGAUCUCCUUCCGAAGCCUGAUUUUGAAUUCACAGAAGUUGAGGAGCUGUCCAAGACUGCGCAUGAGUGGUACAAGGAGAAGAAAUUCAGACCCAACGCUGGCGAGAGACUGACUGGGUUCUCUCCAUCUAUGUCGGUUUACAACUAUUGAGCUUAGCAUCACGUAUCCAAUCCUAGCAUAUGAAA